UGUUGUUACUUCUGUGAAAAGAAAAGAAAAGAAAACAAAUCUGUAUUUUUUUCUGCUCCUUAUUUUGAUUGAUAUUUUUCUCUCCUUGCAUCUGUAGAUAGAUAUGCUACUUAUGUUGAGACAUGAUUCCUGUUAUUAAGUCAAAAAAAAAGAAAAAAAACAUUGAAAGAGCAAACUGAUGAUAGAGAAAAGAGAGAACACAACAUCAAUGAUCUGGUAAGCUAUUAUCUUAAUUCUGACCAGAUGCAAUAUACAAGUAUAGGAUUGGUUAGUCUUUUAGGAGAUUGACUUUUCGGUUAGAGUUGACAAAGUAAUUAGAGUUUACUUGGGGAAUAAAAAAACUAGUCAUUCCUAUUAUAUAUGUUUCCCUCUCUCAAAUAUCUGGAAUUGUCCGAGCGUUGACAAUCCUAUUAUUUUGAUCUUCUCUCCUUCUUUGUUAACUCUAUCUGAAAUCGACAAUGGCAGCUUCAUCCAACUCUACGGGUUGCUUUACGAAUCAAAACGAGCUAGAGGCUCUCUAUGAGCUGUUUAAGAAACUCAGCGGUGGUGAUCGGCAAAGAAACGAGGGAGACGUUGUGAAAGGCAUACCGCAUAAUUUGCAAUCAUGGUUUAUAGAAAACAGACGACCCGUCUUCUUAUCAAUCUUUACUCUCCUCUCUUCAGCAAUUUUCGUGUGCGGGAUCAUCAGUCUUGGAAGCAUUGUAGGCGGAAUAUUGUUGAUGAUAGGACUCUACUGUGUGUUGUGGAGGAAGAAAAACAGAGUGGAGGAGAUAUACGGUGGUGAAAUGAAGAAGGAAGAGUUUCGAGUAGCCAUAUUCAAGACAAGCAGAAAAGAGAGUUUGUUUGCAGACAGGGUGUUCGAUUUGUUCGACACAAAGCAUAAUGGAUUACUUAAAUUUGAGGAGUUUGCCCGAGCUCUCUCUGUCUUUCAUCCAGAUGCUCCUUUAGAUGAUAAAAUUGACGUUUCGUUUCAGCUAUAUGAUCUGAAGCAGCAAGGAUUCAUCGAGAGGCAGGAAGUGAAGCAAAUGGUGGUGGCUACCCUAGCUGAAUCCGGCAUGACCUUGAGCGACGAGAUUAUAGAAAGUAUAAUCGACAAUACAUUUGAGGAAGCUGACGCAAAACACGACGGGAAGAUCGAUAAGGAAGAGUGGAAGACCCUUGUUCUUAGGCAUCCUUCUCUUCUAAAGAAGAUGACUCUCCAGUAUCUCAAGGAUAUCACGACUACAUUACCGAGCUUUGUGUUGGACUCGGAGGUGGAAGAUACCUGAGAAAAAUAAUAGCAUAUUAGCAGAGCAUACUAUUUAAGAAUUGUGAUUGUUCUCUUAUCAUGUUUAUUUGUUUCAAUUUCUCUGUGAUCAUUUUCAAGAUUUUGUUGUUUACUUUGUGUGAAGAAAAACGUAAAACAUGUACGUGUUUUCCUUGUUCAUGAUUUCGGCUUAUAUUUAUUCCCCUAGCAUCUGUAGUAUACUGCUAAUAUCUGUUCAUGAUUAGUCGUGUGAAGUACCAUAUUAGCUAAAACAUUCAAAGAGCAAACUGAUGAUAGAUAAAGAGAGGGGGCUCCAACUGUUAAGCAAUCUGAAAUUGUAAGAUAGGUAGUCAGAAACCAAUCUUGAUAUCGAAUUUCAACCCACCGGUUUGAUCGAACCGAACAGCAAUCGAAGUCCAGCUAUCUGAACCAAAAUAGAUUCGACAAAACAAGUAGAAUUUCAAAGGAAAUCUUGUUCGUUGGAGACAUAAUAAAGAGGCGUAAUAAAACAAAGUUCAGGAGACAGAGAAAAAACCAGGAUACUAGUCAAAAAAACCCAAAA